AUGCAACAGACGCCAUUUAUUUGCCGGUCAUGUCUCUCCAACAUCCGACGACAAGCCGAUCCGCUUCAGCUCCGGCUCCCCUUCCGUCCCCGGCCGCUGGUCCGCACAGCCAGCUCUCUUGCGCCCGCGCUCUCCUCUGAUAGUCAUGCGACCGGACCCGAACAGUUCCUGGCGCCCUCGAGCCAGACGAACCCAAGUACCGAGUCGGGCAGAAACGAGCGCACAUUCUCGAAACGAUCCAUACCAUUGAGCGUAUGGUCCGAAGAGUGGCCACACGAAGAAAGGGUCCUUCGCAAAAACGUCAGCCGGAGCGAGUUUCACACUCGAGUACGACAGCUCCAACUUUGGAAAUACAAGUUCCGCAAAAUAUGGGCCAAGAGAGACUGGGAAAGGAAACGGAAGGACAGAUACCGAGAAAUCGCCCUGAAAAAUGGGGCCCCUGAGGUUCUGAUAAUACAGGACCUACUCUGCCAGAGGGAUGUCGACCACAUGCGGCAAGCCUGGCAGCUCAUACCCACCGAGACUCGAUCAAAGCUUUGGGGGUCCGUUAUGCUCAACUCUCUCCAUUGGUGGCCCGACCAAGCCCCUGAUAUCUUCCGGGCCAUCUUUGAACAAAACGGAGCGAACUUCUACGCUGCCGUCGAUUGUUUCACCUACAUGGCCGACUAUAUACAGAAGCUAGAAGAGCCCAAACAGGCGGAAUAUGGGAGGGCCGUCGCUGAGGCCUUGCUUCAUUGCUACAACAACACUUCGAGGCGCUACAUCUGCCUAGGACAAAAUACCCUCUACCAUAUUCUUCGGCGCGCAACGACGGACCAGGUCUACGAGCUACUCAUGACCAUGAAAAAAUACCGGCAGCGAUUACACGCCUACACGAAGCAGCAGUUUGUAUGGCACUUGGCAAAGGAGCCAAAAUACAAGCCGGCAGCUGUUGAGCUACUCUGUGAGAUGAUCCGGGAGGGAGAGCUGGAUGUCAACGGGCUGCACUGCGCCGCUCUGGCCACCGCCGUCCUGUCCUUUCCCGUUAUCACAAGGGCAAGUAAAGCGGCAAGUAAGGAGGACGACGACAGCCUCCCAACGCUCCGCUCGCAAUUGAACCAAGAGAUUUUGGAAGUCGGACUCCAACCCAACAUCAUCCACUACACGACCAUUGUCAGAAACCUCUGCGAUAACAAUGAGCUAAGAACUGCGUGGCAGGUCUUUGACCUUAUGACCAGUCAGGGAGUCCAGCCAGAUCUACGCUUUUAUUCCCAGCUGCUAUACGGAGCUACGCUAGCCAACGACCACCGGAGUUUCCGCCGCAUUCUCGAGCUUUUGCCUGAGGAAGCAUCACAAGAUCCCGUCAUCAUCAACGGCAUCCUCACCUUUAUUCAUAUUACAACGGUUUGGGAGCUCCGAAAGCGGAGGAUGAAGCCACCAGUUGCCGUUCCGAGCUUCGAGUACAUGUUCAAGACGUACUCCAAGCUGUUCGACCUCGGCCCCCUGCAAGCCUUGUUAAACAUCGACCUACAAAACUAUACUGCAGAAAUCCACCAGCGAGAACUCGAUGGGAUGGCCCCUUCAUGGGCCGGCUGGCAGAGUAUGCGAUCGCUCAGGAACAUGCUCGAUCUCGUACCCGAACUCGAGCCCCACGCCCGUCUCCAACCAGGGAACGACACGCUCAACAUCAUGGUGACCUCCUUCAUCCGCAACUUCUCGCAGCCCUACAGCCUGAUCGAGUUCUACUCCAACUUCCGCACGCGGCUCAAGAACGGCGACCCGACCAUCCUCGGCUUCGUCGCCACCAAGGGCACCAUCAUCCACGACGUCGUCAUCAAGGCCAUCCUCGAAUGGCAGGGCCACAACAUGGCCCGCGUCGCCCUCGACAUCGUGAGCGACAUGCUGAAGGACGCCGCCGCCUCCCGCGCCCUCUUCGACGCCGACCCCAGCUCACCCGACGCGGAGCCGCGUCACCCGACACCCUCCAUCUACACCUGGUCCACCCUGCUGCACGGCUUCAUGCACCGUCGCGAGCACCGCGAGCAGGGCGACCGCAUCUUCAAGAUGAUGCGCGACCACGGCGUCCAGCCCAACCGCGUGACCUGGAACACUCUGAUUGCCGGCCACGCCCGCCUGCAGACCGUCGGCAAGACGGCGUCGGCGCUGCAGCGCAUGGAGGCAGCGGGCUACAAGCCCGAUCGGUUCACGCUGAGGGCGUUUGGCUACCUGCUUAAUCGAGAGGGCGCGCUGCAGAUGAUGCAGAGGCUGGACGAGAAGAAGAAGAGGAGGCAGGCGGCGUUUGCGGCCAAGUUGGCUGCUGCCGAGGCGGCGGGGGCGGAUGAGAACGAUAACUCGUACUCGGCUGAGGAGAUGGCCAAGGUGCCCGAGUGGAUUGCGGCGCAGGAUGAGUAUAGGAUUAUGGAGGAGCAACUGAGAGAUAUUAGCCAGAGUGUCGUGGUGGGUAAUGAGGAAGGUGGAGGAGAAGAAGGGCGGGAGAUGGGUGAGGCGGCCGAGGAGGAGGAGGGGGGUGAGGAAAAGACCGCGGCGGGAGAGAUUGAAGGGCUGGAAGCGUACAGGGCGAGGAAUGUUGGGAGUGCAUAA